CUAACCUGCAAGCAUGGCACGUUUCAAACGCUGGGGAAAAACAUGAUUUUACGCUGUCGCUUUGGAAAAUGCCGUAUCCCGAGUCUCCUUUUAUCGCAAAUUUCAAUUAUAAUUUAAUUACCGGUUUGUUGUCCGACCAAAGCGAAGAAAACGAUGGAAAAAAGAUUUCAAAUUCAAAUGAAAAUUUGGGGAAAACUUUAAACUGGUUGUGUUCUGCACCGUUAAGUACAUCGAUUAGAGUGAAUACUUUAAAAUCGAAUAAUGAAGACCUUAUGGAAUUAAUUAGAGAUCAUUUUAAAAAGAACUCUAUAGGUAAUUCCCCCACAAUUUACCUCCAUCCUCUAAUCUCAAACACCAUUAUCAUUGAGAAUGAACCUGUAGAUGGUAAAACUUUUAACACAUAUGAAAAAGAGAUAAUUGUAGAUGCUCAAUGUGCUUCUGCGGUGCUCAGGGGAGCGCAUAUUUACGCACCGGGAGUAUUAGGAAUGGUAUCCGGUUGCCAAGUGAACGAUAAUGUCAGCAUAUACGCUGAUAUAUGGAAAAAAUGCAAAAGGGGGUUUCACAAAGUGUACAACGAAUCUCCAAAAGUUUUCAUUGGAAACGGUAGAGUUUUAUUGCAGCGCCAUCAAUUAUUUGGAGAAAAAGCUGUAACUAAUGGCAUUGCUGUGGAAGUGAAAGAAAUUCUCUCAGGGUGUUAUCCAAUUGGAGAAGACAUAUUUCCCGCAGGAUAUGGUUUGCUUCAAAAUUUACCAUCCAUACUAACCAUCCUAGCAUUAUCACCAGCACCCGGUGAUACUGUAAUCGAUAUGUGCGCUUCACCCGGGAACAAAACCACCCACAUAGCCGAAUUGAUGAAAAAUGAGGGGAUUUUGGUCGCUAUAGAUAAGACGCCGAGGAAAGUUGAGCAGUUGAAACGACGUUGCGAUGAGUUCGGGGCUAAGGUUUCGAUAUUCCAAGCUGAUUCCACGAAAAUAUUAGACCUUUCUUCUAAUAACAUGAGAAACGUACGUGAAGGGCCGCCAUUCGCUUCUGAAACCUUCGAUAAAGUUCUCCUGGACGCUCCUUGUAGUGUUUUAGGCAAGCGUCCGCAAUUGAUUAAUAGAAUGUCGGAAAAUGAAAUCAAGUCUUUCGUACCGUUACAAAGGAAAUUGUUUGAAACGGCUGUGCAGCUACUGAAACCAGGAGGAACCUUGGUGUACAGUACCUGUACAAUUACAUUAGCGGAAAAUGAAGGACUAGUCGCUUGGGCUUUGAGGAAAUUCUCCCAAAUAGAGUUAAUUAAACCUAGUUUAAGUCUAGGAGGUAAUGGCUGGAGCGGUACUUCUUUAACAACGGAAGAAAUAGACAGUGUUCAGAGAUUCGGACCAGAUCAAACGAUUGAUUCGGUCGGAUUUUUCUUUGCCUGCUUUAGGAAAAAGAUAUAGUACAUCGAAUAAAACAUUUGCGACUGCUUCUUCGAAUCUAAAAAGAUAAACCAUGUGCCAGUUCGAAACCGAACAAUAUUUGUCUACUUACCGGUGUUAUUUGCAUGUCCUGCAACAAUUGCAUGGGCCUGAAGGAAUUAUUUGGUCCUCUUGACAUUCAAGGGCUAUACGUGGGCAUAUAAAGCUUGCAUAUCUCGUACAGAAAUUCGGAUUAGAGCAACUAAACUCCGAACUUGGAGUUGUUGCUAAUGUCUCCAUGAAUAAAGCGGCGCAGACAAAGGCGAAAGCUAACGUUAAUUUCAACAUUUUAUUAUUAUUGUUAUAGUUCUGUUUGUUAAAUGCUAUAUAUAUACUUGGAAAAAGUGCCUGUAAAUUUUCUUAAUUGCUUACUAAUUAUGUGAUAAUACAAUUUAUUUAGAUAACAAAACGUAUGUUACUGAAGGGCAUCUUAAAAAAUUGUCAUUUCUAUGUAGAUUUGGUAAAAAAAUGAAAUAUGUACAUGUUAUUAUAUAAAAAAACACAUUUUUUCGAUUUAAACUACAAAUAACAAAUUAUAAUUUCAUCAUAUCUUGUAUAUUUUAUACAAUAUUUAUAUUUUGUAAUCUUUCACGUAUUUCAUGUUCAUCGAACCAAUACCUUGCAGGUCGAUUUCUU